AUGUCUGGCAUCCUUGGACUCCUCUGCAGCGUUUUGUGGUCCAUCUCGUCGAGCUUUUGCUCAGACUAUGCAGUGGACAGUAGCAGUCAAGGCGCCUGUACAGUUGCACGAGAUGUUCCACUACGGAUGCUAGCGAUAGGAGACAGUAUCACAGCUGGUUGGGGAGAUCCAGAGCAAAACAGCUAUCGCCUGCCUUUAUGGAAUCGUUUGGAGGCCGACUGCAAGGAGCGCCCGAUCUUCUUCAUUGGCAAGUACUCUGGGUCGAUGAGCGACAAUCUUCACGAAGGAUAUCCAGGCUACUCGGCAGCAAAGCUUGCAACUGAUAUCGAGUACGACCUGUACGUCAGCCUCUAUCUGAAGCCUAAUGUGGUCUUCAUCCAUGCUGGGACCAACGAUUGCGAUGACAUCCUUCCUCAGCCGAAGUCUGCAGAAGCUGCGGCUUCAAAUGUCGGCAAGCUCAUAGACAUGGUCGUGCAUGCCGUUCCAAAUGUGACUGUCUUGGUCGCGCAAAUCAUCACGUCCGACGUUCCCGGCAAGGAAUUCAUGCCCAUGAUCAAUCGUGGGAUUCGCGAAGUCGUAGCCGCUAGAGCGGAUGCUGGGUUCAAAGUCAUGACUGUCGAUAUGAGCCGUAUUGGUGUCGACGGAACAGAUCUGGCGGACGGAUUGCAUCCCAACCCGCAGGGAUAUCGAAAGAUGGCGAAUCUGUGGUUCGAAGUGAUGCAGGUCGCGAGCGGCAGGGGCUGGAUCACGCCGCCAGCAGAAGUGACAUUUGCGAAGUCCAGACGAUCGGUGCGAGAUUCGAUGAGACGGGUAGUCGAGCAGAGAUGA